AUGAAGGCAUUCACGACUGCGACCGCCAUCUUGGCUUCGGCCAGCUCGGCUUUUGGAGCGCUCCAACAGGUCACCGGCUUUGGCAGCAACCCCACAAACCUCCAGAUGUACAUCUCGGUCCCUGCAAAGAUCGCGACCAACCCCGCGAUCAUAGUUGCUCUUCACCCCUGUGGUGGCACUGCUUCUCAAUGGUACAGCGGAACCAAGCUUCCCGCCUCUUCGGAGAGCCUGGGAUUCAUCCUCAUCUACCCUCAGACCCAAAAGUACAGUAACUGCUGGGACGUGAACAACCCCGCCACUCUCACCCACGGCGCCGGCGGAGACUCCGCAGGCAUCAUCAGCAUGGUCAACUACGCCGUGCAAAAGUACAGCGCCGACAAGGCCAAGCUCUUCGUCAUGGGCGGUUCUUCUGGCGCAAUGAUGGCCAACGUAAUGGUCGGCUCCUACCCCGAAGUCUUCGAGGCUGGUGCUGCGUACUCUGGCGUCGCGUUUGCGUGCUUUGCCGGCUCAAAAGGCGACCCGACUCCUUACGGGUCCAACCAGACCUGUGCUCAAGGUCUCACGCACACUCCCCAGCAAUGGGCGAGCUUCGUCAACAACGCAUACCCCGGAUACACUGGAAAGCGCCCGCGCUUCUUGGUCGCGCAUGGUCUUGCUGAUACACUUGUUCGCCCGCAAGCAGGAUACGAACAACUCAAGCAAUGGUCUGCGGUACUGGGUGUUACCAACACUGCAAACCAGACUGGUAGCGGGGUUGAUCAGGGAUCGCAGUACACCAAGAUCAUCUACGGUGACAGCAACAAACUCGUUGGAUACUUUGGACAAGGUGUCGGGCACAUUGCGCCGGUAGUCGAGCCAGUGCUUUUGAAGUUCUUCGGUCUUUCGACUUAG